AUGGACCUACACAUAGCAGCUCUCUCGCACAAGUCUGUGGCCAAGGAAUAUCAAAGCCGCCAUGGAAACAACGAGCGUUUGGAGUUCCUUAGGGACUCCGUUAUAAACCUGGUGGUGACGAAGUACUUGUAUGAUCGGUAUCCGGAGAAGGCAGAGGGCUUCCUCACACGGAUACGCACCAAGCUCGUACGAAGCUCGUGCCUGGCCUCCUGGGCCCGCGAUAUUGGGCUACACGAGCUGAUCAUGAUGAGCUCCAAAGCCCUCGUUGAGGGUUGGAACACGAACACGAAAAAGCUCGAGGACGUUUUCGAGGCAAUCGUAGGAAGUCUCUUCCUGGACGUGGGCAUCGCUGCAUGCAAGCGGCUGCUGUACCCCAUGCUGGACAGGGUCGACUACCUGGACGUCGAGGAGGACACUAACUGGAAGGACCUCUUACUUCGGAAGAUGCAGGCCGUGCAUUCGUACAUGGUCACCAACCAGCUGAACAUGAGUCAGUAUGGCACGGAGACGCUUCCUGCGUAUGUGCUGAUAGGGACGCGCGGGUCUCAGCACUCGAAGAUGUUUGCCAUAACCGUCACCGUGGCUGGCGCCCCCGUCGGGCAAGGCGAACAUACUCGCAAGAAAGAGGCAGAACAGGUGAUCCUGGCAGAAGUGACCUGCUUGUCCUCUUUGAAGAGCUUCGUCAUAAUCUUCUUCACGACCACGCUCGGCUGUGGGCCUUUUACUUUCUUUAUGUCUUUUCCUAGCGUGCUGACCACGUCGGUUCCGUCGGAAGAAACGAUGCUGACGACUUCGAACGACCGCUGA